AUGGACUCUGCAUCGGUACCCGUGCAGUCAGAUGAAGGCGAUGCCUCCUGGUCUGACAAUCAUAGCAUGUAUUCGAUCGAGAGCAUGCAUGACGACGCCUGCCAGCCGCAGUCGCCUGCCUCUGACUCCGCUCAGUGGAAUCUUGUCGAGUCGAGCUUGCCUACCGGUCACCUCUCACCCAUCAGCACCGGCAUGGAUUCUUCUUCCAACUCAGGUCCCUCUACUCACGACACCUCACUUGCCAUGCCCAAGCUGGAACCUUUGGAUGAGGACUUUUGCCUCGACAAUGUCACUGAAGCCCCGGCAGCGGACCUGGACCACGGCAACGCUUCCUCUACGAACCCCAAGCUGAAGCGACCUAGAGGCCGGCCACGCAAACACCCACUCAACUCAGCCAUUAACGCAGGCAAGGUCACGAAAGGCCGCUCGAAGACCGGUUGCAUCACUUGCCGAAAGCGAAAGAAGAAAUGCGAUGAAGCGAAACCCCGAUGUAUGAACUGCGAGAAGAACGCUGUCGUUUGCGAAGGCUACCACGAGAAGAAACUGUGGCGAAGUGGCAAGGACAAGGCAUCUGACGACCAUACUGAGGCGUCUGAAGAUGCGGUAGUGUUCCACAUGCAACCUCUUUUCCACGGCGUUGUCACUGUAGAGGACAGACUGUUUUGGAAGCAUUACUAUAUGAGCCUGAGCAAUGUUCUCACGGUUGAGGGCGAGGCCAAAAAUGCAUUCAAGGACAUUAUCCUACCCUUAGCCAACAAACAUCAGGGCGUCAUGCACUCUGUCCUCGCUAUGAGCAGUAAGCAUAUCGACUACGACACACCAUACGGUGCCAAACUACUUCAGCAGAAUCCCGGGAUCUCACGCGCUGCCUUGCAGAGCCGAGCAGACUAUCACCACCAGGCCGCUAUGGACUCGUUUUACGCAGACAUACAACGCAGCGCCGAUGAAGGCGAGAUAGAUCAAAAAACCAUACUCUCAGCUCGCUACGCUCAAAUACUCUGCCUACUCAUCGGUACGCUCAUCGAAGGCAAUCCGCAUGGAGAACACAGAGUUCACCUACGCGGCUAUCAACUUCUCAUUCAGCAGAACCCACCAGAGGAUCCAACAUAUCUCGCGUUCAUAACUGAGUUCUUCCAGUACCACAUCUACGCCGACGAACUCGUUAGGCAUCCAGGCAUGAACGGACCACGACUUACGUGCCAGGAUUGGACCCCGCUGGCUUCUCCUGAGGCCCCCCGCCUCCUUGGUGUUUCUGAUGGGCUCUUUCAACACCUACCUCAGGUUGCUGCAAUCAAGGACACCAUCCGGCAAAACAUUUACAACGGUGCUGAAACUCGGGUGGACUACCAUCUCCUGUGGCGUGCACAAGAGAUUCAAGAGGCCAUCGAGCAGUGGUCGCCAACAUGGCCUGCAGGUGAUAGCCGGCAUAGAGUCGGGCUUGUCGCCUCCUGCCGCUCCGGUGUCGCCUGCCGCAUCUCGUCGUCCGUCACAAGUGUCACGACCUUUGACUGCCUCGAGCUGCUCCUCGUCGCCUGGACUCGGACCGACGACGGCAUCCGUGGCUUCCAUGACCUUUCAACAGCGUAG